CAACCCUCGCGUUUGUAUAAAAUGUUCUACUCGUACAUGUGUUCUCUUAUUGUGAUAUUUCCUGCACGAAUUGACAAAACAGAAUGAAACUGUCGCUGGUUUGUGGAUUUGCCGUGUGUCUGGUGCUGACAGAACUGACCGGCGCGGAUGCUGCCGUACAGUGUUACGUUUGUACCGCCUGCAAUGACCCAUUUGACGCCGGUAACGCUGUCGCAUCCAAGGUGUCGUGCCCCGGGGGCUGCAUGAAGACGAAAACCGAAGGCAUUGUGGUGCGUUCCUGCUCCAUUCUUUCAACCUCGGACUCCUGCAACACUGUGGAGCUGUUCGGCGUCAAGUCAGAGGCGUGCACGUGCACCGCAGAUCUCUGCAACUCCGCCCAGACAAUGACGUCAUCUUACGUCAUUGUGGUCGUCUCCGUGUUAGCAUUCUUGACUAAGAUAGCUAAAUUUUAAUCGUAUACUUUCCGUUCAAAAUACGAGACCAGCAAUGUGCAUCGAUUAUAUUGAUGGACUAAAUUUAUAAGACCAGUUCACAGUAUAAAAUGUUGAUGUAAACUGUU